UCAGGUGACCGGGCGGUGCAGUACGAUUGGCUGAGGUCUCGUAGCAGCGUGUGAUUUCGCAGCGUCACUGCUGUGCGGGGCCCUGUUUGAAUGAACCUGGGAGAGAGAGAGCGCCCCGUGAGCCGAACCUACGCCCCGAAUACCCAUCAUGCCCCUGUAUACAGUGAAUGUGAAGUGGGGAAAGGAGAAGUUUGACAAUGUGGAGUUGAACACUGAUGAGCCACCAAUGGUUUUUAAGGCCCAACUGUUUGCCUUGAGUGGUGUGCAGCCAGACAGGCAAAAAGUCAUGGUUAAAGGAGGGACUUUAAAGGACGAUGAUUGGGGGAACCUUAAAAUAAAAAAUGGAAUGAGCUUGUUAAUGGUUGGGUCAGCCGAGGCUCUUCCUGAAGAGCCAGCAGUAAGACCCGUCUUUGUAGAGGACAUGACAGAGGAGCAAUUGGCCUCAGCUAUGGAACUGCCCUGUGGCUUAACAAAUUUGGGUAACACCUGUUAUAUGAAUGCCACUGUUCAGUGUAUCCGCUCAGUGCCAGAGCUGAAAGACUCUCUUAAACGCUAUGCAGGUGCCUUGAGAGCUUCUGGGGAAAUGGCUUCUGCUCAGUACAUUACUGCAGCCCUCAGAGAUCUGUUUGAAUCUAUGGAGAAGACCUCUUCCAGUAUCCCGCCUAUCAUCCUCCUCCAGUUCUUGCACAUGGCCUUCCCACAGUUUGCAGAGAAAGGUGACCAGGGGCAGUACCUGCAGCAGGAUGCCAAUGAAUGCUGGGUACAAGUAAUGAGGGUGCUACAGCAGAAGUUAGAACCCAUAGAAGGGGACACUGACAUGGAGACCAACUCAGAAGCCGCUGCUGCUGCUGCACCAAAGAAGAAAAGCUUUAUUGACCAGUUUUUUGGCAUAGAAUUCGAGUCAACCAUGAAAUGCACUGAAUCUGAAGAGGAAGAAGUAACAAAAAGUAAAGAAAACCAGUUACAGCUCAGCUGUUUCAUUAACCAAGAAGUAAAAUAUCUAUUUACUGGACUCAAGCUGCGCCUUCAAGAAGAAAUCACCAAACAUUCACCAUCACUGCAAAGAAAUGCUUUAUAUAUCAAAACUUCCAGAAUAAGCCGUUUACCUGCCUACAUGACUAUCCAGAUGGUCCGAUUCUUUUAUAAAGAGAAGGAGUCUGUCAAUGCCAAAGUUCUUAAGGAUGUUAAAUUUCCUCUUAUGUUGGAUAUAUACGAUCUGUGCACACCAGAGCUUCAGGAAAAGAUGGCCCCAUUCCGCUCCAAAUUUAAAGAACUGGAAGACAAAGUUCCUGGGCCGGUACCAAAAGUUAUUCAAGGGAUACAAAAAGAAGUAAAAUUUGAACCGUUUGCCUUUCCUGAAGAUCUUGGGUCUAAUAAUUGUGGUUUCUAUGAACUGCAGGCAGUUCUUACACACCAGGGAAGAUCAAGUUCAUCAGGGCACUAUGUUUCAUGGGUUAAAAGGAAACAAGAUGAAUGGAUUAAGUUUGACGAUGACAAAGUGAGCAUUGUCUCUCCCGAAGAUAUACUAAGGCUGUCUGGAGGCGGAGACUGGCAUAUAGCUUAUGUUCUACUUUAUGGACCCCGAAGAAUCGCAGCUUCUGAAGACACUGAACAAUAAUGACGUUUUGCUGUUUUAGUCAUUAUUUUUUUCUUAGGUGUGAAAUAAAUGUUCCACAGUUAGAAUCUCCUGCCCCUGAACUCUUUGUUUUAGACAAAGUUGUGAAUUGUAUAGUUCAAUUCACCAUGUCCUGCAAAGCUUGAGAAUCCACAUCAUUUCUACUGAGAAAAUUGUGUCAAGUUUAAAAUAUUUUCUUACCACGUCUUAAAUUUUUUUAAAUUGGAAUCUGACUAUGCCAAAUGGCCUGCCACUGCACAGUGGUGCUAAAACUAUAUAUAUUUCUUUUUUUGGUUUGUUUUUUUACUGUCAAUGUCUGGAACAGAGGCCAAAAAAUAUUUAUUGCACACCUACAACUCAUCCAUUGUUACCAUUGCAUGGUUUAUACCACAGUACUUACCAUCCUUGCCUUAUCUGACAGUACUGCCAGGAAGGAGAAAAGGAUAUGUGUUGCCUCAUUGUAACAGUGCUGCUUCCCAUGACUGACAACGUGGCCACACUCGCAUCGUGUCCAGCCUCAGCUGACUCUCUGGUCCAGGUUGUUGCUGGCAUCUCAGUGACUUCAGAAUAAAAUUAUGAUCAAUC